GCCGCGCCUUGGUAGGCUCCGGCAGCGCGCCCGCCCCCGGCCCCGCGCGGCUUCCGUCCCUUCCGCCCGAGCCGCGCCGCUGCUGCCAUCAUGGCCAAGAUCAAGGCCCGAGACCUGCGCGGGAAGAAGAAGGAGGAGCUUCUGAAGCAGCUGGACGAUCUCAAGGUGGAGCUGUCGCAGCUGCGCGUGGCUAAGGUGACCGGCGGGGCCGCCUCCAAGCUCUCCAAGAUACGCGUGGUGCGCAAAUCCAUCGCCAGGGUCCUGACUGUGAUCAACCAGACCCAGAAGGAGAACUUGAGGAAGUUCUAUAAGGGCAAAAAGUACAAGCCCCUGGACCUGCGGCCGAAGAAGACCCGUGCCAUGCGGCGCCGGCUGAACAAGCACGAGGAGAACCUGAAGACCAAGAAACAGCAGAGAAAAGAACGUUUGUACCCUGCCCGGAAAUAUGCCCUCAAGGCAUGAACCUGCCUGGUACCCAGGGGCCCUCCUGGUGCUGGCUGAGUAUGUCUCAUUAAAUGGAAUCCUGUUUGGAA